UUCUUUUCUAAGCUUGUGAUGUAUCCGUUUCAUUUAUACGGUUAGAAAAGCGAGGAUGGAGAGCGAAUUAAGAAUUGUGGUGAAAUGGAGCGGAAAAGAAUACGAUAUUCUCGAUAUUCAAGAAGAGGAUACUGUGCUUACUCUGAAAGAACGUAUACAUAGAGAAACGGGUGUUCGUCCCGAGCGUCAAAAGCUGUUAAAUCUCAAAUUUAAAGGCAAAGCAGUACAAGAUGAGGAUAUAAUUGGCAAAUUAAAUUUGAAACCUGGUUUCAAACUGAUGUUGAUGGGUUCACGUGAGGAAGAUAUUGCAGAGGCCAGUCAAGCGCCAGAGAAUGUACCUGAAGUGAUUAAUGAUUUAGAUAUAGAGGAAGAGGAAGUAGAGAUCGAAAAGGCUGAAAUAAAUCUACGUAAAAUCCAAAUACGUAUUGAUCGCUAUGUGAUUACAGAACUGAAUCCUCUGAGGGAAGGUAAGAAGCUCCUUGUUCUUGAUAUAGACUAUACUUUGUUUGAUCAUAGAUCAGUGGCAGAAAGUGGAGCGCAAUUAAUGCGUCCAUAUCUCCAUGAAUUCUUGACGCGUGCUUAUAAAAAUUACGACAUAGUCAUCUGGUCGGCAACUAGUAUGAGGUGGAUUAACGAAAAGAUGAAACUGUUGGGAGUUUCAAAUCAUCCAAACUAUAAAAUAGCUUUUCACCUAGAUGUCCUUGCUAUGAUCACUGUUCACACACCGAAAUAUGGCGUCGUCGGGGUAAAACCACUGGGCAUUAUCUGGGGAAAGUACAAACAAUUUUCUGCGAGAAAUACAAUAAUGUUUGAUGAUAUCAGACGAAAUUUCAUAAUGAAUCCGCAAUCAGGAUUGAGAAUAAAACCUUUUAAACACGCUCACACCAGCAGAGUCAAAGAUUUUGAAUUACUGAAGUUAUCAAGAUAUUUGGAAUUAAUAGCAGAAGUAGAUGAUUUUCAAAUCCUUAAUCAUAGAAAAUGGGAAGAAUAUAAACCUAAGAAGAGCGACCAAAUGAAUGAACAAACUAGCAGCGAUGAGAAAAGCUAAGUAUUGAUAAAUCUAAAUUUUUUUUUUUUUUUCCCAAUGAAAACCAGUAAAAAAUAUAGAAAUUGAUACAAAGAUGGAAUAUAAAAUGUUUUGAAGACUGUACAUAAUGAAAGGAACAUAUGAAAAGAUUUCCAUUUGUCAGUUAUUUUAAAAUUACGACUAAGCAGCCAGACUACAAGACUGUUCUAUACAUUCUGGUUGAGCAUGAUUUUUUUUGCAAGCGAAUUUAUAAUGCGUGAUAUAUUAAACUCUUUGAAAAUACACGUAUUUUCCCAUAUUUCUGUAUAUUUGUGAUGUAUUUAUCGAUUUAUUGUACAUGUAUAAGAGCCAUUUGAAUAAAGCGCACGAAUGCUCAAUACAAGAA